AGGGGCGGACACCGCCGGGCGGAAGUGUCUGGCUUGGGCCGCCUUGGUUACCGCGUUCUCCGCCCCUCGCUACGUCAUCGCUCUGAGCCGGCUCUCCAUUGCCCGCGCGGGCGCCGCCCGAGACCGUGGGACACCCCCCCGGGUUACCGCCCCCUCAGGAGCCACCAUGUUGGUGAUACCCCCCGGACUGAGCGAGGAGGAGGAGGCUCUGCAGAAGAAAUUCAACAAACUCAAGAAAAAGAAAAAGGCAUUGCUGGCUCUGAAGAAGCAAAGUAGUAGCAGCACAGCCAGCCAAGGUGGUGUGAAACGCUCACUGUCAGAGCAGCCUGUGGUGGACACAGCCACAGCAACAGAGCAGGCAAAGCAGCUGGUGAAGUCAGGAGCCAUCAGUGCCAUCAAAGCCGAGACCAAGAACUCGGGCUUCAAACGUUCUCGAACCCUAGAGGGGAAGUUAAAGGAUCCUGAGAAGGGGCCAGUCCCCACUUUCCAGCCAUUCCAAAGGAGCAUAUCUGCCGAUGACGAUCUGCAGGAGUCAUCCAGACGCCCCCAGAGGAAAUCUCUGUAUGAGAGUUUUGUGUCUUCCAGUGAUCGGCUUCGGGAACUGGGGCCAGAUGGGGAAGAGGCAGAGGGCCCAGGGGCUGGUGAUGGUCCCCCUCGAAGCUUUGACUGGGGCUUUGAAGAACGUGGUGGUGCCCGCUCCUCAGCCUCUCCUCCCCGAAGCCGCAGCCGGGACCACAGUCGUGAGCGGAACCGGGACAGAGACCGAGAUCGGGAACGGGAUCGAGACCGUGAUCGGGACAGGGACCGCGAUCGGGACAGGGACCGUGAUCGGGAAAGGGACCGCGAUUGGGACAGGGACCGUGAUCGAGAACGAGAGGGCCCUUUCCGCAGGUCGGAUUCGUUUCCUGAACGCAGGGCCCCUCGGAAGGGGAAUACUCUCUAUGUAUAUGGAGAGGACAUGACGCCCACCCUUCUCCGUGGGGCCUUCGCUCCCUUUGGAAACAUCAUUGACCUCUCCAUGGACCCACCCAGAAACUGUGCCUUCGUCACCUAUGAAAAGAUGGAGUCAGCAGAUCAGGCCGUCGCUGAGCUCAAUGGGACCCAGGUGGAGUCCGUACAGCUCAAAGUCAGCAUUGCCCGCAAACAGCCCAUGCUGGACGCUGCCACUGGCAAGUCUGUCUGGGGCUCCCUCGCUGUCCAGAACAGCCCUAAGGGUUGCCACCGGGACAAGAGGACCCAGAUUGUCUACAGCGAUGAUGUCUACAAGGAAAACCUUGUGGAUGGCUUCUAGGGAAUGGAGCUGGAUUCCGUGUGCCUCAUCUGCAUCAGCACUGGUCUCAGUAAAACACUGAGGUGGAAGCUCACACAUCUUCCUCAGCCUCUGGUUUUUCAGCACUUGGGAUGGGGCUUGAGCCUUUAAAAACGGCUGUUAGAUUUUAUCUCAGUUGUAACACAUGGCCAGUGCACGGUCCCCUCUCCCUUCCCCCAAAAGGAUCUUGAACACAGGUAUUGUCGCAUCUGUUUUAAUUUGAUCUCAUACCCCUUUCCAGCAGGAAAGCCCUCACAGAAAAUCCAAAUCCUCAUCUUUGAGUUUGUCCUUGAGCCAGGGCAGCACUUGGAAGAGGUUGACGUGAAAGUCUCGGGCAUGCGUCGGCACCUCCUGCCACCGCUUCUGGUUUUUACAAACAUCCACGACGCCCCAGCUGAUCACACCAAUCUGGAGAAGGGGAUGCCACAGAUCAUUUGAUAGAGUUCCUUCCUGAUCCCAGGAAGCUCAGCAAUUCCCAGUUACAUCUGAGUUGACCUAGAAGAAUUAGACUAGGGACCCAGCUCAGUCCUGGUCUCUCCAGCACACAGGCCAGACACAGGGCCUUAGCCGGCCAUUUCAAGGUACAGUUGUAGGAGGCAGGCUUUGCCCUCCUCUUUCCAGCCACACCUCUGGAGCUUUCCUGCUUCAGGGCCCAUGCUGACCACUUGGCACCUCCCUACAGACAGGAGAGGAGAAACUCACUUGAAUGAAGCGGUUCCUCUUGUGAAUAAUCAGGGGACCGCCAGAAUCACCUACAGGGGAAGAAAAGCUGUAGGAAAAGUGGUUCUUGGGCUUCAGAAACAUGCAGCACGACGGAAGGACCUUCUCUUACCUUUGCAAGUAUUGGGGUCAGCGUAGGGAUCCACCCCUCCAGUGCAAAGGAACCUAGGGGUAACCACCUCAGAGAUGUCUUUGACUUUUUCGUAGCCUGGGGCGAAUCGAGCAUCUCUCUCACAGCUGGCUUUCUAUAGGUGAGGAGAAAGCGGUGUUAGAUAGAGCAUGCUCAGGAAGAAAGGGAGCCUAGAAGACCUGCUUAGAAUCCCAUCCUCACCUUGUCCCCAUUCUUGAUGUAGACCUCCUUCCGAACCAGCAUCUUCUUGCUGUCUUUGAGUAACUCUGACACAAACAUAGCUUUGAUAUCCUUUGCGGGGAGCAGCUCUUGCACUGGACAGAUAGACAGACUGGGUCAUUUUCGUUCUUCCUUCUCCCUAUCCUCUCCCUAUUGCUUUUGUCACUCAGCAAAUGUUCUUCAGCCCUUUCCUCUGAGCUAGGGACCAGGCUGGACAUCAUCUGCUCCCACAGCUCCCCGCCAUGCCCCACUUGCUACUUGGUACCACUCCCUUGUGCUACUCUUCCUAAAUGUCUUACUCUGUUGCUGGCAAGUGGUUGACAGUGGAAGCCUCAGAGCUUGAUUUGUUCUCUCAGUGCAAGGGAUACAGAUGGGCCUGUUAAAGAGAGAUGGGGAAACUCAGGGAUAGCACAUUGGACCUGGCCUAGGCCUGCAGCACCCCCGUGCCUGAACUUUUCUACUCAGCGUUCCAGAGUACUCACCUGACAGUCUGGUCAUAUGUCAGCUUCUGCCGGAGCUUGAUAAGGGCCACAUCAUAGUCAUAAAAUUCAUUAAUGCCUUUUUCUUUUUUCCUGUUGAUGCUAUAGUCGGGAUGAAAUAGGA